AAACCAUAAGUCCCUUCUGUAAAACAUGCUGAGAGGGGCUCUUGAAACUGAUGAGCUUACCAGCCAAACACUCUAACUAACGUGAACGGGAUGAUGAUAUUACACAUAGCAAUGAUGGAACAGCCACAUUGACAAAGAUUAACUGCACUCACUCUCAGCGCGCUGCUGCCAAUCAGCAUGCUGCGGAUACUGUCGCUCAAAUUUGGCCGCGUCUACCGGUGCGGCAAGUUCCUCUUCAUCGUAGCUCUUUUUGUGAUCCUGCUGAUGAACACUCACAACCUCUUCGCCUCUUUCCAGAGGAACGAGCUCACCGACCGGCGAUUCAUCGGCCUCAACAAGUGUCCGGCCUGCUUUGGCACUAGCUGGUGCCGCAAGUUCAUGAACAGCCAGGUGACCUUUGAGAUGUGGGGUCGCCUGCGCUUCCUAGACUUUUUCAACGUGAAGAACGUUUAUUUCGCUCAAUACGGAGAACCCAGGGAAGGAACACGCAGGGUCGUGCUCAAACGCCUGGGCUCCAACCAAGAGCUUGCAGAGAUCGAUCAGAAGAUCUGCAAACGGGCCACUGGAAGGCCUCGCUGUGAUCUCAUUCAGGGUAUGUACAAAACCGAGUUCGCACGGCUUAACGGGGACGUAAGGCUGUUGACCCCGGAGGUGGUGGAAGGCUGGUCAGAUCUGGUACACUGCCCCUCGCAGAGGCUUCUAGACCGCGUGGUCAGGAGGUACGCGGAGACCAAGGACUCUGGAAGCUUCCUGCUGAAGAACCUUAAGGACACGGAACGAAUGCAGCUGCUGAUGACGUUGGCGUUCAACCCUGAGCCGCUUGUGCUGCAGAGUUUUCCCUCCGAUGAGGGCUGGCCGUUCGCCAAAUACCUGGGGGCCUGCGGCCGGAUGGUGGCAGUGAAUUACGUGGGCGAAGAGCUCUGGAGCUUCUACAAUGCACCAUGGGAGAAAAGAGUGGAUCUGGCCAAGCAGCUGAUGGACAUCGCCGAGCAGCUGACGAACAACGACUUUGACUUUGCCCUUUACCUCCUAGACGUGAGCUUCGACAACUUUGCAGUCGGGCCUCGUGACGGAAAAGUCAUCGUCGUCGAUGCAGAAAACAUCAUAGUGGCAGACAAGAGACUGAUUAAGCAGAAUAAACCAGAGAACUAUGACGUGUGGUACGAGAGCCGCUAUGAGGAAUGCGACAAAGAGGCCUGUCUCUCCUUCUCCAAGGAUAUCCUCUGCUCUCGAGUCACCGUGGACCACAACUACUAUGCUAUCUGUCAAAACCUGCUCUCCAGAUUCGCCACCUGGCGUGGCACCACGGGUGGUCUCCUCCAUGACCCCCCUGCCGACGUGGUCAAAGAUGGCCGCCUCACGGCCCUGCUGGACGAGUGCACCCGGCCUCAGAAACAGUACGGUCGCUUCCAGGCAGCUAAAGAACUGCGGGAGUUCCUGACACAACUCACACAGCUGAGCAAUACUAACAGGUAGUGUCCAGAACAGGGGACGUUCUGUACCCCCACCCCCCACUCAAAAAAGACCUCUGAAGUACUUUUACAAAUGUGUUACAAGAUUCUGGAACACAUUCGUUCACCUUCAGGGGAGUCGCUAUUUGGUUGCCGCUAUCAAUCAUGCCAACAUUGGCUCCAGUCCUGUCCGGGGCUAAUUAAAGAAGUUUGCACAUGAACAUGGAUUAAAGGGUCGUGUGAAAAUCAGCAGAAUACAGGCUCAAACUGCUGUGAUCACACGCGUGUGUGUGUGUGUGUGUGUGUGUGUGUGUGUGUGUGUGUGUGUGUGAGAGAGAGAGAGAGAGAGAGAGUCGAUUGUAAUAUCUGAUGCUUCAUUGAAUAACCUUGCUGCUAUUACUGAUUCUGAUUAGGAUCCUGUAAUACGGUUUCUAAUUAAUUAAAAAAUUGGGUGCUGUAGGUGCACCGUGAGCAGGGGCUUAUAACUGAAGUGACACAGGGAGCUUUGUUUAUGUUUGAGUGACUCUUAACAAAAACAUGUCCAGGUCAUUUUUUAAUCCAAAAUGAAACAAAUAAAGAAAGAAGCAAAAAAUAUUUUGAAUAUAAUGUGUUCCUGUUUUGGCCCAGAAUAUCAUUGUUUUAGAAGCAUCUUGCAAAAAUAAACUGGUGUUUGUUUUGCAUAUUAUAAUGCCAAGAUGUUUAAGAUGUUUGUUUUCUUGUUUUGUUUUGUUGUGUGUCCUGUAUUUCUUUUUAUCUUGUGUUCUCUUUUUUUGUUGUUGAUGUUUGUUGUCUUUUUUGCUUUGUUUUUUUUUUUUUUUUUGUAUUUUUAUUUAUUUUUUAGUUUUGUUUGUGUAUAAUUGUUUGUUUUUUUUCUUUUUUUAUACCAAAAGAGUAAAAUGCUGUUAAAAAGAUUUAAAGUCAGCAUAAAUUUAAAGCAGUAUAAUUAAAUAUUUUUUAUGAAUAUGAAUUUAAAACUGUAUUCAUUUUCUUUAGGGAAAAUUAGAUUUUUGGGUGAAAUAUCACUAGGACAUGUUCUUGACAAGCUUUGAGAUUCAUCCAUUUGUGUUUUAUUUUAGUCUCUAUAUAUUCAAUGAACCACCUGGUUUCUUUGCAAUGGGGAGUAAAGUCUUAAGUGAAUUUGUAAGUGUGCUUGGUCAGAUUAUGCCUCUUAUCGAAGGGAAAUUUAAUCGUUUCCUGUUACAAUGAACCAUUUUGGUGAGAUGUUGAUGCUUUUUGUUAAAGUGGCAGUCAGUGCCAGUUAUGGAUAGUUGGAUGACUUGACUUAAAAAAAACAACCCUGAAAUGAAGAUACGAAAAGGAGAACAAAAUGGAUUUGAAACAACGUAUGCAAGAAUAAAAAUACCAAAGAAUAUUGUCACUGUUGCGUGGUUCGUUUUGUUCUGUUAGCAAUGCUUUGACCAAGAUUGUUCAAAAGGGAAACCACAAUAAAGCUCUUAUUUGUCCUGUUUCUGUAUUCAUGAGCCUGUUAGUGUUUUUUUUUUUUCUUUCUUUCUUCUUUUUGGACCAAUUCAGUUUUAAUUUCUCAUAUGCCGGCAACCAUGACAUACCGUCUCCUUCACUUACACUUGCAUUGUUUACAGCGACAAGUUGCACUACAUUGUCAGAUCAUAGUUUUUCAUUGUAGACCCUUUAAUAUUUCCCCUCUUAUCAAUUUUGUGUCCUUUAAUAUUUUGUGUGCAUAUAUUAAUGUUCUUCUUUCCCCCCUAACAAUGUUACUCAUGUGCCACUUUCCAUGUUUGUAAUAAGCAAUAUUAGGAGUUGAUAGAGCCUAAUGAAUUAUCACUUUAAAAAUGUGAUUUAAAAAAAUUCAUAUUGAUUUGUAGGCAUUCCAACUUUUGAAAUCCGCUGUUUCUGUUAAAAUAUGUUUUAUUCUGUAAGAAAAGUCUGCUUUCUGUAUGUGUUUGUUUUGAGACUAAGGAAAAGUCUGGUCAUACUGUGCCUUUCAUUCAAAAGUUGUAUUUUCGACUGGAUGAGAAUAUAAAAUUAUAUUAAAGUAUAUCUAUACUUACCUGCUCUAAA